GCUGAGUAGGUCAGUGCCGCUGGAAGUGGGUCAUAGGAGACAGAAGAUCCGCAUUGUGCGCAGGGAUCCAGAAUCCAAGGCAGUGAAGGAGAGGACGGAAACCAAAUCUUGAAGCCGGCUGACAAAAGAACGUGCAUUUGAAGGCAGCCCGAAUGCUUCGUAUUUCAGGUCGUGGCCUGAGGCUGUGGUCCGUGAUGAAGCUGUGCCGCGUCACCCAAAGCUAUCCAAGUCUUCACCGCGUCCGGCCACGAAGAUGAAGAUCCUUUUAGUCGUCCUCUCCAUGAUAGCGAGGAGUCGUCCGCUGGAGCUGAGCGACUGCGGCGCUGACGCCAGGAGACCUCAGAUGACCGACAUCUCGGUGCAGUGCGGCACGUCCUCCAUCAGCCUGGCCAUCCAGAUCUGCCCGGUCAUCUAUACGGGCUACAACGAGACCCUCCUGAUCCUCAACAACGUGAUGGACUCAAACUGCCGGGCCACGCUGGACGAAAGCGCGUGGCCCCCCGUGGCUCGCUUCGAAUUCCCCCUGAACUCGACGCACGCCUGCGGGAGCACCUUCCUGACCACCAGCUCCACCGGCACCGGCGUCUUCUCAGACUUUUCCAACAUCCAGACAGUGAACAUCAGUGGCGUGAUCCGCUCCAUCGACACCACCACCGGCACCAUCACGUACAACGCCGAGCUGAAGUACUUCUACUCCUGCGCGUACCCUUUAGAGUACCUGGUCAACAACACUCAGAUCGACGUGUCGGCGUCCUCCGUCGCCGUGAAAGACAACAACGGCAGCUUCAUCAGCACCUUGAACAUGAAGCUCUUCAGCGACCCCGACUACCUCCAGCCAUUGGUCAUACCCAGUCUCGGCCUGGAGCUGCGGACCAACGUGUACGUGGAGGUGAAAGCCGUCAACCUGACCGGGCAGUACCACGUCCUACUGGACCGCUGCUAUGCCUCAAUCUCGGCGCUGCCGUCCAACUCCAGCUCCUUCAACCUUUUCGUGCCGUGCUCCAAAGACCGCUUCACCACCAUGAUCGAGAACGGCGACAGCCAGAGCGCCCGCUUCCACUUCCCGGCUUUCCGCUUCAUCGAGCAGCAGAACGAGACGGUGUCCACCUACUUCCUGCACUGCAUCACCCGCCUGUGCGAGAGCAGCACCUGCAGCAUCUUCAAGCAGUGCAACAACCGCCGCAAGAGGGAGACGGUGGAGGCCACGCCGGACGGGGUGACUGAGCCGUACACCAUCACCUCCAAGAAGCUCGUCACCAAAACCGAGACCAGCGAGUCCAAAGAGGAGCCCCUGGUCGACAGCGACAAAGACCAGUCUGCCGUCGGACUCAGCGUUGCCGUCGGCGUCCUCGCUUUUGUUUGCGCUGUGGCCCUGUGUGCCGCCGCCGUCUUCUACAAGAGGCUCAGGAACUAACCGGGCCAGCUUCCGGCGCUCGCCCGUUUGGACGACUCGACUCUUUUAUCCUUCGUCAGCGUAGCUUUAGGAGUCGAGUUCGAGGUUUGUCAUGCAUGUCCGCACUUCAGAAGCUUUGAUUCUAGAAGACCGUUUUUUUACGUGGAAUGUCCGGGGG